AUGCUGUGGCAAUGUUGUGAAAGAUUGUGGAGGCUCGGAGCACACACAUGUCAAUAAAAAGAGGUGUACGGGACAUUCACUCUAUUGGUCUUGCUGCAAACAUCCAGAACUAGUAUGGAGGGGAUCAGUGACCGUCUGUUCAGGCAUAAGAACUUCAACUUUGUGACCAGUCUUACAACUCCAGAGUACCUAGACUCCCUUGAAAGCUUUGAAAUAAAAGACAGCGAUGUCUUCCUUGUGACUUAUCCAAAGUCAGGUACUGUAUGGGCUCAGCAGAUCAUCAUUUCCAUCCACGAAAUGCAUAGCUAUCAGACUGAAUAUUCAAUCAACAUUGAGAGGAUGCCGUGGCUGGAGUACAAGACAGCUGAAUACGCUCUUCUUCCCUCUCCACGGCUCUUCGCCUCGCAUCUCCCUGUACACAUCAUGCCUCCAGGAGUGAAGGAGAAGAAGCCAAAAAUCGUGUAUGUGAUGAGGAAUCCAAAGGACAACAUGGUGUCUUUUUAUCACUUCAGCAGUGCUCUAGCAGACCUGGAGACUCCCGAGAGUUUUGACCAGUUUUUUGAGUGGUACAUAACAGGAAACGUUUAUGCGUCAUCCUGGUUUGACCAUGUCAGGGAGUGGUAUUUAAACAGAGACCAGUACAACAUCCUCUUCCUGACCUACGAGGAAAUGAUUUUGGACCUGAAAGGAUCAGUGAAGAAGAUCUGCAACUUCUUAGGGAAAAACCUGACUGAAGCCUGCAUCAGUCAAGUUGUGGAAAAAGCUAAGUUUGAGAACAUGAAGAAGGACUCGAAAGCAAACUAUGAGCACACUUCACCAGAGCAGUUCAGUGGGAAAUUCCUGCGUAAAGGUCAGAUUGGAGACUGGAAGAACACACUGACUGUUGCACAGAGUGAAAGAGUGGAUCAAGUCCUUCAGGAGAAACUUGGUGAUUUGCCUUUAAAGUUCAUCUGGGAAUAAGCAGAGCAGCUCUUCAGGGUCUCCCAGGAGUUUUAAAAGCAUUGAUUUCAUUCAUUGGAAAGCCUUAAAAUGUGUUUUUCUGCUAUUUUAAUUUUCAAAAAAACAACAAAUGAUUAAUGUUUGUUUACCCAAGAUUGAUUCAUCUUACGUAGAUCAUGAUUCCAGGAAUCAACAGUAAAAUGUAAAUCAGUCAACAUAUCUGACAUGUCUGAAACCAGUACACGGCACUUUGGAUUCUCAUAAUUUCUGAAUAGUCAUUAACUAUUGAUUUUUUUUAAUCACAUCACUUUUGACAGUAUGUCCUGACCUUCAAAUAGAAGAAAAUUCUUGAAAUAAAUGUACUUUUGCCAUGAA